AUGUUGCAGUCAACUUUCUUUAUUAGUAUAUUGGCUUGGUCAGCAAUCCGUUGUGAACCACCAGUAAACAGUUACCUACCUCCUUCAAAUAGUGCAAACGGAAGGCCUUCAUCUCAGUAUGGUCCUCCCGGUUCAGGAGGUGCUCCUGGACAUAAUCAACAAGGUUCAGGAGCUCAAUUUAGUCCCAGUAACCAACCCCAGAGCUCUUAUCUGCCUCCUAGUCGUUCUGGUCAAUCCAGUGUAGACACACAAUAUGGCCCACCUUCUUCCGGAGGCUUUGGUUCGGGGUCAUCUUCUCAAGGCCAACAACUACGCCAGGGUUCCGGACAAGCAAAGCCAGACUCACAAUAUGGAACUCCAAAUCAAAAUGGAAGAUUCUCUUCGGGAUUGACCGGUGGACAUUCCCAACCUGGUGCCAGUAGUAAUAGUCAUCCGACAAGCAAUUCUCAGGGCAGACAAUCUUUUGGAAAUGGCGGAUCUUCUAAUGGCGGUAGCUUUGGACCAGAUAAUCAGAGUUUUGAUCAGAAGCCUGGUAGUUCUUAUAAUCCUUCUACUGCUGGAUUUCGGUCUUCCAAUUCGGAUUCAAAUUCUAAUGGAAACUUCGGUAGUCAUGCCGGUGGAGCUCGUUUGACCGAUGGUUCUCAGAGUAGUUUUAGUGGAACACCAUCCUCUUCGUAUGGAACGCCUGGAUUCGGAGGUAACGGUGCUAGUCAUGGUAAUGGCGGCGGCAGUGGUUCAGGUUUUGGAGGAGGAAAUGGAGGUUUUGGAGGAGAUGACAAUAAUGAACCAGCAAAAUACCAGUUUAGUUAUGACGUGGACGAUGAACAGACAGGUACUAAAUUUGGUCAUUCAGAACAGCGAGAUGGCGAUCUCGCCACUGGGGAGUAUAACGUAGUGUUGCCAGAUGGCAGGAAGCAGGUUGUUGAGUACGAGGCUGGCCUGGAAGGAUACAAGCCUCAGAUUCGAUAUGAGGGUACUGGAAAUGGGGGGUCAAGGCAAGGAUCUGGAUCGGGUGGUUUCGGGGAAUCGCAAAGAUUGAGUCAAGGAUACACUGAAAAUGGUCCCAAUGAAGGAGGUUUUCAGAGCAACAACGUUGAUAGUUUUGGAGGAUCAGGAGAACAGACAUUUGGUCAAUUCCGAGGCUCUAAUGCUCAAGCCGGUAAUGGAUAUCCCAGUGGUGGACAGAAUGGCCAAAAUCAAGGAUACCCAAAUGGAGGUUCCGGACAAAACGGGAAUCAAGGUUUUUCAUCGGGUAAUAACGGCGCAAAUAGACUUAAUGGAGGAAGCCAGGGCUAUCCAAGUGGCGGACCACGAGGAAAUGGUCGAGGGUCUGCCGCUGACCCAGGUAACUUUUCUAAUGCCAGCGGAAGAGGAAGCUCUCGAAACUCAGGUGGUACUUCUGGAAGUGAUGGUUACCCAAGUGGUGGACCUAAUGGGCUUAGAGGCUCUGGAUAUUAAAGGAAGCAAAACACUAUUGAUUUCGAUAAUUAAAAAAACGACUGUGCA